AUGUCUACAGAAAUCGCCAAGAAGAGGGGAAGGCCCAAGAAGGUCAUUUCCGAUCCAAUCGAAUCAGGAAUAACAGAGACCACCAAGAAAUCUACAACUCGAACAAAGUCUACCAAAGCUGCAACUGCGAAGUCAAGUACACCCAAGGCAAAGGCUGCUACGCCUGCGAAAGCCUCUGCAUCCAAACCAGCUGCUAGCUCGUUACCACCGCAAAAAGCCGCCUCAAAAGCUCCAUCUCCGCCUGCGAAGAAGCCAGAAUCUGAGACCCCGCCUCCCUCUCCACCUCCAGCUGCUGCGAAGCAAUCCCCAAAGUCACCAGUCACUCCAGAGACCUCCAAGAUCCUAAGCAAAGUCCGAGAGCUUUCCCAAAAAAACAUCCAAAGCCCAGAAGAGGCUGUUAAAUCCUCAACGCUAAAGCCAUCCCCAACAAAUAUCGACUCAGAACCAGUCCCAACUCCGCAAACCACAACACCUCCCCCAAACCCAAUUGCAACAGCCCCGAAACCAAACAUCUCCCCUCCCAAACCUCCACCAGCACCAAAAGCAACGGUUUCGCCCACUACGAAACCCCAUGUCCCGCUCGCCGAACUGAACUCCGCGAUCGUGUCGAAUAUAAGCACACGGGCAGGCGCAAGACCAAACACAGCUGGUAGUAGAGCUCUACCACCAAACUACAAAAGUGUCGCGAGGAAGAUUACUAUGGGGAUUGUGGCGGCGCCGAUCUUGAUUGUUACGAGUUAUGUGCUGUAUGAGCGAUUGGUGUUAGGAGAAGAGCGAAAGCUACUGACUAAGCCCUCGACGCCUGCGGAACCAGAACAGGAUGUGAAAUAA